UCGGGUUUUGGGGUUGGGAUAAUCGAUGCUCUGGUUUAACCGCAGCGGUCAGCGGAAGCGUCACUAAGAACCGAACCAGAUUCUUUUAGUUUGGAGUCCGUGCACGUUCGGAUCUGAUCCUUGCAGACACGAUGGGUCCGCUGCUGUAUUUAGGAGGUCUGGUCGUCAUGUUCCUGCUGUGGAUCAGAGUCAAAGGUCUAGAUUACGUGAUCGUUCACCAGAGGUGGAUAUUUGUGUGUCUGUUCCUGCUGCCGCUCUCCGUCAUAUUUGAUGUGUAUUACUACGUGAGGGCCUGGCUCAUAUUCAAGAUGUGCUCCGCGCCCAAACUGCACGACCAGCGCGUGCGAGACAUCCAGCGACAGGUACGUGAGUGGAGGAAGGAUGGGGGUAAGACCUACAUGUGUACGGGUCGACCCGGCUGGCUCACUGUGUCUCUCAGAGUGGGGAAAUACAAGAAAACCCACAAAAACAUCAUGAUCAAUAUGAUGGACAUCCUGGAGGUGGACACAAACAAGCAGGUUGUGAGAGUUGAGCCACUGGCCAACAUGGGUCAGGUGACAGCUCUCCUCAAUUCAAUUGGCUGGACACUGCCAGUGCUGCCCGAGCUGGAUGAUCUCACUGUGGGUGGUUUGGUGAUGGGUACAGGCAUUGAGUCGUCCUCUCACAUUUACGGGCUGUUUCAGCACAUCUGUGUGGCGUAUGAACUGGUCCUCGCUGACGGCAGUUUAGUUCGCUGCACUGAGGAGGAAAACUCAGACCUGUUCCACGCCGUCCCGUGGUCCUGCGGCACUCUGGGAUUCCUGGUUGCAGCUGAGAUUAAAAUAGUCCCCGCCAAGCCGUGGGUGAAGCUGCACUACGAGCCGGUCCGAGGGCUGGAGAACAUCUGUAAACGCUUCACUGAAGCAUCGGAGAACAAGCAGAACACAUUCGUCGAGGGCAUCCAGUACACUCUCGACACCGCUGUCAUCAUGACGGGAACCAUGACUGACCACGCAGAGCCUGAUAAGAUCAACAGAAUCGGCCUGCACUUUAAACCCUGGUUCUUUAAACACGUGGAGGGCUACCUGACAGGAGACCAUGCGGGGGUGGAGUACGUUCCUCUGAGACAGUACUACCACAGACACACACGCAGCAUCUUCUGGGAGCUUCAGGACAUCAUCCCAUUUGGCAACAACCUGCUGUUCCGCUGGCUUUUUGGAUGGAUGGUUCCUCCUAAGAUCUCCCUGCUGAAGCUCACACAGGGAGAGACCAUCAGACGGCUUUACGAGCAGCACCACGUGGUGCAGGACAUGCUGGUCCCCAUGAAGCAUCUGCAGGCCGCAAUAACGCGCUUUCACCAGGACAUUGAUGUUUACCCUCUGUGGCUGUGUCCAUUCCUGUUGCCAGCGGGCAGAGGGAUGGUUCAUCCCAAAGGCCAAGAGGAGGAACUGUAUGUGGACAUUGGGGCUUACGGAGAACCCAAAGUCAAACACUUUGAAGCUAAAGCAUCAACACGUCAACUGGAGAAGUUUGUCAGAGAUGUGCACGGCUUCCAGAUGCUGUAUGCAGACGUGUACAUGGACCGAGAGGAGUUUUGGGAGAUGUUCGAUGGACAGCUGUAUCACAGACUGAGAGAGGAGCUGGGCUGUAAGGACGCCUUCCCCGAGGUGUACGACAAAAUCUGUAAAUCUGCUCGACACUGACCCCCAUCAGUGGUACCUGACCUCGGCCCCGUGUCACAGAUACACAGAGGCUCUGUCUGCAACUCACACCUGGUGACUUAUACUAGUUCUGGGAUGUUUAAAACAAAAAAACUGAUUUACAUCUCAGAAUAUUCUAUGGAGGAAUUCAUCUUUGCACAUAUUAAAAAAAGCAAUCAGUCUGUGUCUUAAGACAGCCUUCCCAUUGAUGUGAAACAGGAGCACAAGUAUCAUAACGCUUUUCUCUUUUUCUUUUUUCUGUACACAAUUAUUUUAACAUUCAUGCUCUGAUCUCGUGCAGUUUGACUCAAAACCUUUUGUGUAACGUGUGCUUGUUAAGAGCCUUUUGCCCCAAAUGUCUUUUUGAUUUCCUUUUUUUAGAAAUGUGUUAGGCAACUUUUCCCUGUUUAACUACCUAACUACUGAAGUGCCAUACAUAAACAUGACCUCCAAAUUAGCAUCAGACAUUUUGAAAUACAUGCUUUUUUUGAUAAAUCUCUGUGAAUUUUGAGUCUGAAAAAAAGCAAACUAACAAAACAAUAUUGCAAAUAUUUUGAUAUUGAAAUGAGAAAAUAUCACCUGGACUGUGUACGGGUUGGACGGCUUAAUUAAAAACUGUUCUACAAUAGA